UAUAGCUGCUGCCAUAACGAGAUCUGCUGUAUGACUACAUGUUAUUAUAGUCACGUUUUUUCUGGAUAUCAUAGCCUACCUUCUAAAGUAACAUCAUGAAAUCUAUGAGGGAAGUUGAUCUGGAUACAUACAGUUUGUCUUUACUUACGGCAAAAGAAGACAUCCUGAAUCCACGCUCGUCAACAAACUGGGCUUUAUUUACCUAUGAUGGAAUAAUGAACAGACUCAAACUGUCUGAUUCUGGAGUAGGUGGAUUGAAAGAGUUGACGGAUAAACUUCACCCUAGACGGCCGCUUUAUGGGAUAUGCAGGGUGGGCAAAGCUCAACCCCGCAUCGCUAUGAUAUUAUGGGUAGGAAAUGAAGUGGAUGAGUACCGCAGAGCUGAGUGUGCCAGUCAUUUACCAGCAAUCAGGGCCUUCUUUAAGGAAGUUCACAUCUUUCUUCCUGCCCACACUUUGGAUGAAAUCACAGAGGAGAGGAUCUGUACGCUGGCCUAUAAAGCUGCAGUGGUGACGCAGGAGCCGAGAGGGAGACCUGGCCGCCGGACAGAAGACAGACAGGCCAUUGUGGGCACUAAUUACAAGCGAACAAUCGCAGCUGCAGAGAUCCAGAGAAUCCAGAGAGAUUCUUUUUGGGCACAAGCGGAGAGAGAAGAGGAGGAAAGGAAAAAGGAGGAACAGCGGAGGGCAGCAGAGGACAGGAGGCAGAGAGAGAAGGAACAAUUGCUUCAGGAAAGGAGAGAUGCAAUAGAGAGAGAGAGGAGGAUGAAUGAAAAAGAACAGAAAAUAAAGGAGCAGAGGAGAAGACAGGCGCAAAUGGGGGCAGAGGCCCAGAAACGGGAGAACAUAAAAUGGGAGCACGAGGAAAGGGAGCGUGAAGAAGAGGAAAUUAGAGCUACAUAUUCACGCUCUCAAUCAGAGGAAAAAGCUGCGGAGGCAGCAGCUCUGGUGUCGCAGCGUGCUGUAAACCCCAGAGAGUUUUUCAGACAACUGUCCUCCUCAAGUGUCCACACAGCCUCCAGUCCCAGCUCCACAUCUCCAGUCAGGAGUCCCUAUAGACGACUGCAUCGCAGUCAGACGGACAAUAUCUUCAGUUUCAAUGAAUCACCUUCUUCUACACCUACAUCUCCAUACAGAUCAUCAAUGGUAUCACCUUACUUUCCAUCGACUCCCACAUCCCGGAGCCCAAUCCUUUUCACUAGCACUAUAGCUUCCUCGCUUCAGAAUGGUGCAGUGGUAUCUACCAAAAGCCAGAUCCUGCUAUCUUCACCUAAGACGAUGGAGCCACGGCUCCAAACUCAACCAUCACCUACAACCGAUGCAACUGCAUCUGAAAUCAAAACUCCUAUCAGUGAUAUACUAGACAGUCUGGUCUUUUAUCCACCUCCACCAACCCCUGAGCAGCUCCAACCAGAUGAAUCAGAGAUAGUGGAUGAGUUUCCUCCACCUCCCCCUGGUUUUGAGAAUUCACCUGAACCAUCUGUGGACCAGCCUGAGACAUUUGACGACCCCUUAGACCCUAUUCUUCCUCCAUCAUGUGUUUUGGUACCUGAGCCACCCACCAGGCCACUUCCUGCUCUGCCCGUUGCUCCACGAAUGCUGAAAGACCUGGAAGCGGAGAGGGAUUUUACUGCUCGGGCAUUGGUUAUAUCUACGGUUGAGGAAGAGGAGGAUGAAGGGAAUGGAGAAAAAGAGAUGAAAUAUGAGGGGAAAGAUGCAGUAGGGAAGGGAGGUGGAGAAAAGAGAGUUGAAACUGGAGAGAAGAAGAACAGAGGACAGGAGGAACAUGAUGGCAUGACUAUGGAAAAACACGAAAGUGAAAAAGAAUCAAAUGGUAAAAUGAUGGAGAGAUAUGAGAGUGGAAAAGAUGGGAAAAUGUUGGAAGAAUGUGAGAGCAAAGAAAAACAAGAUGGAAACCUUAUGGAAGAACAUGAGAGUGAAGAAGAUAAAGUUGGGAAAAUUGUGGAAGAAUUUGAGAGUGGGGAAAUUAUGGAGGAACAAGAGAGUGAAAAAAUAAGGUUAGAAUGUGUGCUAGAAAAAGAGCAGGAUAGGGAAAUUACAGAAAAACAUGAGGAAGAUGAAAAAAACAUGGAAGAAUGUAAGCAAGAUGGGAAUGUUGUGGAAGCAUUUGACAGUAAAAAGGAACAAGACAAGAAAAACAUGGAAGUAUUUGUGACUGAAAAAACACAAUGUGGGAAAAUUAUGGAUGAACGUGGGCAAGAAAACGAGCAAGAUGGGAAAAUCGUAGAAAAAUGUGAGGAAGAACAUGACAGUGAAAAGGAAAAACGGGGGAAAUGUAUGGAAGAACUUGAGGUUGAAAAAAUACAAAAUGCAAAAAUGAUGUUACAGUAUAUAAGAGAAGACGAGCAAGAUGCGAAAAUUGCGGAUGCAUUAGACAAUGAAAAAGAACAAGACAAGAAAAGCCUGGAAGUAUCUGAAACUGAAAAAACACAAUAUGCAAAAAUUAUGGAAGAAUGUGAGCAAGAACAUGAGCAAGAUGGGAAAAUUGUACAAAAAGAUGAGGGAGAACAUGAGAGUGAAAAGGAACAAGCUGGGGAAAUGAUGAAAGAACAGGAGGUUGACAAAAUACAAGAUGGGAACAUCAUGGAAGAACAUGAAAGUGAAAGGCAAGAAAAUGAGGAAGAUGGGAAAACUGCAGAAAAAUGUGAAGAAGAAUAUAAGAGUGCAAAAGAAAUUGAUGGAAAAAUGAUGGAAGAACAUGGAAGCAAAGAAAAACGAGAUGGGAAAAUUAUGGAUGCAUUUGACAGUGAUAAAGAACAAGAUGAGACAAGCAUGGAAGUAUUUGAGACUGAAAAAUUACAAUAUGCGACAAGGAUGGAAGAAUGUGGGCAAGAAAAUGAGCAAGAUGGGAAAACUGUAGAAAAACAUAGUAAAAAUCUGGAAGAACAUGAAAGUGAAAAAGAAGAAGGUUGGAAAGUUGUGGAAGUAUUUGUGACUGAAAAAACACGUGUGAAAAUGAUGGAAGAAUGUGGGCAAGAAAAUGAGCAAGAUGGGAAAACUGUAGAAAAAUGUAAGGAAGAACAUGAAAGUGAAAGGCAAGAAAAUGAGGAAGAUGGGAAAACUGCAGAAAAAUGUGAAGAAGAAUAUAAGAGUGCAAAAGAAAUUGAUGGAAAAAUGAUGGAAGAACAUGGAAGCAAAGAAAAACGAGAUGGGAAAAUUUUGGAUGCAUUUGACAGUGAUAAAGUACAAGAUGGGACAUACAUGGAAGUAUUUGAGGCUGAAAAAUUACAAUAUGCGACAAGGAUGGAAGAAUGUGGGCAAGAAAAUGAACAAGAUGGGAAAACUGUAGAAAAACAUAGUAAAAAUCUGGAAGAACAUGAAAGUGAAAAAGAAGAAGGUUGGAAAGUUGUGGAAGUAUUUGUGACUGAAAAAACACGUGUGAAAAUGAUGGAAGAAUGUGGGCAAGAAAAUGAGCAAGAUGGGAAAACUGUAGAAAAAUGUAAGGAAGAACAUGAAAGUGAAAGGCAAGAAAAUGAGGAAGAUGGGAAAACUGCAGAAAAAUGUGAAGAAGAAUAUAAGAGUGCAAAAGAAAUUGAUGGAAAAAUGAUGGAAGAACAUGGAAGCAAAGAAAAACGAGAUGGGAAAAUUAUGGAUGCAUUUGACAGUGAUAAAGAACAAGAUGAGACAAGCAUGGAAGUAUUUGAGACUGAAAAAUUACAAUAUGCGACAAGGAUGGAAGAAUGUGGGCAAGAAAAUGAACAAGAUGGGAAAACUGUAGAAAAACAUGAACACGGGAAAAGUUUGGCAGAACAUGAAAACGAAAAUCAACAGAACUGCAAAAUGAUAGAAGACUGUGGGAUUGAAAAAAUACAAUAUGGGAACAUCAUGGAGGAACAUGAAAGUGAAAACAAACAAGAUGGGUUGAUUGAAAACCAAGAGGACAUACAGAACCAAGACAAGGAACGAAUGUCACAUGUAGAUGUAGAUAAAGCAGUGAACGUGACUGUGCUCAGGAAGGAGGAAUCAUACACAGAGAUAAAGAGGGAUGGGACAACAGAAGUAGGUUUCGAAAAUGAGAAGGAACCUUUAAUCCAGACAGAGGAGGCUGACACAGUUUUUUCCCAGCAUGCACCACUCUUCCCAGAAUCGCAUGCUACAGAGCCAUCUCCAGUCAAUGACGCAUGUAUUCCUGAAAGUAUUUCAACCACUCAAGAUAAAAACGAGUCACAGAUGUGCUCAACUCGUACCUCGCACCUCUUACCAACCAUUCAGGUCGAGUCAGAUCUUUCUAGUUUGAGCAAUCAAAGUGAUUCAGACAUAAAAGAGAAGACUGAAUCUAUUGACUCUCAAGCUUCCUCAGAGAUCUCCAAGAACAGCCCAGAUGCCACAUCAGCAGAACAGACUCCUGCAGUGAAGGAUGAACAACAGACAGAUGCAGAAAUGCUUCAAGAGGAUAAGAUUGUGGACGGCAGCAAUGAUUUGGCUGAGGGGAUUGAUGCUGAGUCCAAGACAUCACCUUUAUCUGAGAAUCAAGCCAGGACUGGACAAUCAGAUGAGGGGGAGGGGCUUGUACCUGUCAGUCUUUUCCCCGAAGACACAGAUUCUGCAGUGGACCUAAAAUAUUGUAUUACUCAUGAGCUGGAUCCGACUAAUGACAUAAGUGAUGUUGAAGAGGGAGAAGAGGCUAUAUCACUCCUAGCCAGUGACACAGAUGUGGAGCAAAACUUAAAAUGCGAUUCUGACCCUGAUCAAGUAAAUAAAGACAUUAAACAUGACAUUCUGCAGAACUGCGAAACCAUCGCGGAAACACCCAACGACAGGAGGAAUGAUAAGACAGCCGAAUAAAAAUGAAGAACAUAAUUGGAGGCAUCAUGGGAACUCUGCAGCAAUUCUCCCAUUUGGAGAAAUAUGACCAAUAGAUGUUUCUCUUAACCAAUCACUGAAGGUCUUUCUCCAGAUUAUUCUCAUAUGUGCCCAAUAAUGCAAUAUAUGUAAGUAGCACACGUUCAGGACUGUGUCCACAAAUGCACUCAAUAUACAAUGUGUAUUAUAACGUGAAUAUGUAUACAUUUUUUUUUUUCAAUCUUAAGAAUAUAAAAGAGAAAAAUGUUAUGAUGUAAAAUAAAGAAGCUGUUUUUCUCAAAUCAUGCUGGGGAACAUAAUCAUCAUCACACACCAAAUACUGAGACAUCAGUAAAUUCAUGUUCAUUUUUUUUCUAUUCAGCUUUUCACUUAAACUGUUAUAUUUAACCAAAAAUGCACUAUAUUAUAAAAGGAGCAUUUUCACAAGUGGACUCAGACUUUUGAACCCCACUGUUGGUUAUGUAUAGUUACAGAGCAUAUUUAUUAUUCAUUUUUCCUCUCAAGCAAAAUAAACUUGCUAGAAAUGUUGUUACUGUAUAAUGGUUCUUACUUUCCAAUAAAGAUUUCU